UGCAGCCACCUCUGCCUUGUCACAGUUGGUGGUGGGAGCUUAGUGCUACAACAAUGGCCUCUGACCUCCUGACAGCCAGGUUCCACCAGGAAUUGCUGACAUUCAGAGAUGUGGCGGUGGGCUUCACCCAGGAGGAGUGGGGGCACCUGCACCCAUAUCAGAAGGCACUCUACCGGGAUGUGAUGCUGGAGAACUAUCAGAACCUGGUCUUCCUGGGACUUGUCAUUUCCAAACCAGCUAUGAUUGACCAGUUAGAACGAGGACAAGAGCCUUGGAUUCCAGAGGGAGAUGUCCCCAGAGGCCCCCGUCUAGGUUCAUCCGAGAUAGGUGCAGAGUUGCAGGUGAAGGUAAUUUCAGAGGGAAACAUUGACCCACUGGGACCAGGGAAGGCCACCUGUGGGAGAUUUCAGACUCCUCAGCAGGCUUUGACAGUGUUGGAUGAGAAUGAGAGCUGGUUCUGUUCUGGUUCUUCGCCUUUUAGAGGAUAG